AUUUCAGUGACUUGAGUCUUUUGAUUCCAUUCACCAAAAAGAUUAGUUCAGAUUCAUUCAUUGAUUCGUUCAUUGACCACUUCUUGAAGUUACGAGUUACCAAAUUGCCAUCUUUUGAGGAAUUGCAUUGAGCCAGAACUAAACGAACGACUUGCCUCCUCCUCUCGUUCAGCCAGUCAGCUGAUCCUCGUUCAUGAUGACUGAUUUUAUUUAUCUCAUUUGCGAACAAGUGCAACAGUACAUUUGGUUUGUUCAUGAAUGAUAUGACUGACUUGUUCAGUGUAGGGGUGAAUUUGUUCAGUGGGUCAAACCAGUGACAUGCUCCUUCAUAGCCAGCGCUCGAAUGCUAUUGUCUCAUGCUAUAGCUAGUCUUUAUAAGCAACACAAAUGAAAUUUGCAUGUCUACAAAUGUAUGAAGACACUUUAAAAUUAGAGUUUAAACACCAUAACCCUUUUCACCACAAAUGGAAGGUCUUGUUUUUCUAUAUUUUGCCAAAUGCUGGGCUUAAUUUUUAACAGGACAUAUAAAAAGUUAAAGAAAAGCUUAAUAAUAUCACUGUGCACCAAAGCACAACAUUUCCAUUCGUAAUUCAUGUAAUUUUAACUGUAUGGUCUGUAUGGUCUACACAUUCAUAAAUUGGGGGUUAUGUUUUGUGCAUAUCUGUAAACUUGAUUUAAUGCAUUUCACCUCUUUCCUUGUUGAACGUGAUUGACUCACGUGCCGAACUGAAAGAACAACAUGCCUCCCCUUGUUCAGUCAGUCAGCAGAUUCUCGUACAGGAACAAGAUGAGUAUAAUGUAAUCAGCAUUUACUGGCAUUAAAAAAUGUCACCAAGGCAGUCUCACGCUUGAAACUAGAGCUCAUUGGCUUCAAAAGGGUGAGACAUCAGUGAAUGAGAAAUAUGAGUAAGUGUAUGAAGGUGAAUUGAGAACGAUUCAUUCACUUAAAAGAUUUGUUCAAAAGACUGAUUCGUUCACGAACGAAACAUCACUAAUGCUCUAACAGUUGAGCUACAGGAACAUGCAUCUUUGUCAUUAUUGUAUCUUGGAUGAGACCCCAAUUAUUUUAAAUUCCUCAUCAAGUGAGGUCACAGUAGUGUUGGGUUCGAGUCCACUUCACACCCUGUUUACAACAGACGCGUGUGUCUUGUCACAUCAAAAGCAAUAGAACCCAUUAUAAGCAAUGAUGCUAUCUACACUGGAAGCAUCCAUUGCAAACGGGUAAACGACAGUAUCUGAAUCUGAUUGAAUCUAUUUAUGAAUCUAAAUUCACAACAUUAAGCCAUUACAUCAAUAUUUUAAACUUUUUUAACCUUCACAACUAAGAUAAUGGAGUGUCAAUAUCAGGGGCGCAACUAUCCGUUUAUGGCUAGGGCUGCAUUCAAGACCAUACUCAAGUCAGAGUCUGAUUUCGAGAUCGAGUCUGGGCUCUAGUACCCCAAUUUGAAUUCACAAAGUGGACAUUUUAAUUGGACAGUGUAAAUUAUUUUUUUUAAAAAAGGGGCGUUGUACUGCAAAUUAAUGGCCUGUUCUGUUUCAGAGCAAAAGCUGUGAGAACGCUCACUGGUUUAGCAGCUAAUCAACUGUUAUUGCAGAGAGCCUCCGUUAGAAACCGGCAAAUUCUGUGUUGUUUUUGUAAUCCUUGCUUAAAAUUUUUCAGCAGAGGUUUUGUAAAUGUUCUCAACAGGAGUUGGCCUUACAGUAUCCGUGAGUUCUGUCAAUGAUGUCCAGGUAUUGCCAUGAUUUUUGACCAAAGGAAUUUGCAGUCCUGUAUAUGUGUCUCCUCUGGGAUACCGUCCUGCAGCAGAGACAGCUGCCGCUGGGAAGCUCCUAAAUUCAUUGUGUGUGAAGACAUCUGUUUGACAGUUAUAGAACCUCACCUUCUUCAUUUCAAGCUGGAUGUGGUUCUAAUUUUAGCACAAAUAAUUGUUUUUACAACUUUUCUAAACUAUGUUCCAAGUGUUUUUUUCAUCUUUUUUAUAUUUUUUUCCACUGACUACCAAGAGGUCACCAGUUGUGCGGCCCACAUGUCUUCCUUCCUGUCUCAGCCCCUCUCUCUGAUCACAUGUGAAAUAUUCCUGCAGCAGAUUGUUGUUUGGUACUGACUGGAGCUUAGAAAUGAUCUCAUGAGGUUUUGUUUUAUUGUUUUAAUACGUAUGCUAUAAAGUUUUUGGGCAAGGAACUCUGGAAAGUCUCGAACAAAAGAGGGAGUUUGCGGUCUUGUACAGGCAGAGACAGAGGAACAUCUAGGAAAGACAGGGAAGACGUAGGAUAAUAACUUUUGAGAAUGAAGUUUCGUCGCAAAAGGAACAGCAAUUUAGAUGAUAACAUAGGUACCACCCAGAAUAGGUUGUCUUUGGUAAACUUUGGGGCAAAAAACAAUCCAAGGGAUUAUAAGAAUGGGCAGGGGGACACAGAAGAGUGCCUAAAGCUUUCAUGGAGUCACAUUCCAGGACAAAGCUGUUGGCAGGCUGUUGUCAUAGCAGCGGGUUUGCUGUUGGCAGGGGCAAUUGGGAUGUUUCAUUCAUGGUGUGUUUAUUCUAUACAUGAGAACCUACUGUGGUUUUCACACCUUAAGGAAGUCGAGCGUGAAAUCUCUUUCCGGACAGAAUGUGGCCUUUAUUACUCCUACUACAAACAGAUGUUGAAGGCCCCUUCUAUACAGCAAGGUCUGUAUGAGCUUAUUCAUGACAACACUACUGAAUCCAAGAGGACAAUAAACAUUCUACAGCGUAUGAAUAUCUACCAAGAAGUGUUCCUUAGUAUUUUGUACAAAAUACUGCCCAUCCAGGCCUACUUGGAGCCAAUUUAUUUCUAUAUCUACACAGUGUUUGCUUUGCAGACAGUGUAUGUCAUCGCCCUCUUUAUCACUAGCUGGUUACUCAGUGACUCCUGGCUGGCUGGUGCCCUCGCUGGUGUCUGGUAUAUUCUCAACAGAGUGGACACCACACGUGUGGAGUUUACCAUCUCGUUAAGGGAGAACUGGUCUAUACCUUUCUUCGCUCUUCAGGUGGCAGCCAUAACCUGCUAUCUGAAGCCACAUCUAAAACCUAUUCAUCAGAGGAUGGUUCUGUGGCUGGUGUUCAUCUCAACCUUCUGUUUCUGUUUGACAUGGCAAUUCAAUCAGUUUGUCCUUCUGGUUCAAGCACUUAUAAUCUUUACUUUGGACUGCCUGGACUUCUUCACAGCAGAGCAGGUGGUUUCUCUGUACCUCAUGCAGGUGUUGAGUCUGUUAUUGGUGUGGUUACUGCAGUUCUGUAAUUCCAUGAUUCUGGGCUCUCUGGUGCUCAGCUUCACUGUGUCAGCUCUCUUCAUCAAAAACUUCCAGACAAGGCUAAAGACAGGCAGCUUUGUUACACGAGUAGGAAAACUGGCUCUUCACACACUCCUAGUCCUCAUAUUAACUUUCAUCAUCAAUUAUUCAGCCAAGCAAAUACUGCAGCUGAAAUCGGACGAGCACAUCUUCAAGUUCAUAAAGGCCAAGUUUGGCUUCGGGGCAACGAGAGACUUUGAUGCCAGUCUCUAUCUGUGUGAGGAGGCCUUUGGCUUGUUGCCAUUGGAUACAUUUGAGCGGUUGGCUGGCACGGUGCUGCUCUAUCCGUAUCUGUGCACCCUCAGCGUGCUCUUCAUUUUACUGCUGCUAGUGGCACUCUCUAAUCUCAGUGUGAGUGGGUCAGGACAAACAUGCAGUGAGAGUGAGGAGAGGACCUUUAGGAUGCGGCCAGACAUCGCUUACAAUUUAUUGCACACCGUCUUCUUUGGCCUGCUCGCCUUUUCUACUAUGAGGAUGAAAUAUUUGUGGACAGGCCACAUGUGUGCAUUUGCUGCCUUUGGGGUAUGUGGCAAAGAAGUGUGGACGCUGUAUCUUAGAGUCCUCCACUGCAACACUAAAACCACGAUGAGACUGAUCAGGUACUCUGUACCGAUUGUAAUUCUGGCAUUUCUUUAUUACAAGUUCUGGCCCAGACUGAUGGAAGAGAUUUCUGAGCUGAGAGAGUUUUAUGACCCAGACACUGUGGAGCUAAUGGAGUGGAUUAGAUUGAAGACGCCCAAGCGGGCAGUGUUUGCUGGCAGUAUGCAGCUGUUGGCGGGGAUUAAGCUGUGUACAGGAAGAGUACUGACAAACCAUCCUCACUAUGAGGACCAGGCGCUGAGGGAGAGGACCAGACAGGUAUACCAGAUCUAUGCUCAUCAGUCUGCUGAGGAGGUUCAUAAAGUGCUCAGUUCGGUUGGAGCGGACUACAUUGUAUUGGAGGACAGCAUCUGCUACGAGCGCAGGCACAGCCGUGGUUGCAGGCUGAGGGACCUGCUCGAUCUGGCAAACGGACAUAUCAUGGACGGCUCUGGGGAAAAUGACCCGGACCUUGUCCCAGCAUCUCACCCGCGAUUUUGUGAGGCCAUUAAGACUGAUGUGCCUCCGUAUUCGACCCUCUUCGCUCGAGUGUUCAAAAACAAGACCUUUCACGUGUACAAGCUAAAGAAACCCAAGAAGAAAAAAAAGGCAGAUCUGUAGUGCAGACUCUUGCACUCGUUUCUUAACAGCAGUCGCCCACCUCACUGGAUGUCUCAACACCCCAUCUGGAAUGUUCAAUAAGUGUGUGAUAGUAGCAGGUGUGUGUGUGUGUGUGUGUGUGUGUGUGUGUGUGUGUGUGUGUGUGUGCGCGCGCGCAAGAGAGUUUGGAAAGAUGCCUGAUUGAGCCAGCACGCGCUAGAUGAUUUGGUGCAUGUUUGUGUGUGUAAAUCUUGCUUGGAGCCAGUCUGCCGCAACAUGAGUUCAAGUUUAAUGUGGAGAGAGCAGAAGAAAAUCUCUUUUUCUCACACUCCAUCACACCUUCUCUAUCUCUCUCUCUCUCUCUCUGAUCAUUGUAUCUCACUCUCUCAACACGUGCCCUUCAACCAAACACAAAUUUGCGCACAUUCACACACAUACACAUUUUAAAGAAAAUGUGGGAAGCAAUGCAACUGCUUUCACAACCUGAUUUCUUUCUCACACAUCCAGCCAAAUGAAGAAAUAGAAACAGGGAAAAGUAAUUGUAAUUCACAAGAGCAGUUUGGGGGGUCCCACUUUAUAUUAGGUGUCUUUAAUUUACUAUGUAUAGUAAUAACAGUAAAGUAUAUAUAGUUACAAGCAAAUAACCCUAAACCAAACCCUAACCUAUAGGAAAGUACAUGUUGUUAAUGAAUGUUACUUAGUACUUGUUUAAUUACACUUUAACAAGUACACUGUAAAAUAAAGUGUAACCAAUACUUACAAUACAAUGUACUUAUUUUGUAAUUACAUGUUGUAAUGCUAAAUUAUCACACAAUUCACAUUUGCUGCUACUGAGGUUAAGGUAUGGGUAGGUUUAUGGGUAGUGUUAAGGGUAAGGGUUGGGGUAUGGUUAGGUUUAGAUUAGGGUUAGGGUUUAGGAUUAAGGGUAAGGUUAAAAGUGUAACUCAAGAUGUGUUUAAAUGCAGGUACUUUAACUGUAAGUACAAUGCAACAACAUGUAUUUAUAUAAUGAGUACAUUGUAUUAAAGUACACCACCCCUGGAGUUGUGAGUUUGAAUCCAUGGUGUGCUGAGUGACACAUUAUGGUGACCAUGAGCAGGUUAUCCCAUGUGACUCUACCCUCCCUAUCAAUUUGGUUGCUCAGGAGCCCUGGCUGGAGUCACUCAGCAUGCCCUGGAUUCGAACUUGUGACUCCAGGGGUGAUAGUCAGCAUCUUUACUCGCUGAGCUACCCAGGCCCCCCAGUGUUGUCUUGUCUUACCGUUUGCCAAAGUUGUGAUCAGUUUCAACAAAGUUGGGCUUUCAAACCCAGUGUACCUGAUUUCUCGCUCCUUUUAAUGAGAACACAGAUUCAUACACCAUACAUAAAAAGAUGCUGCUGCUUUUGGUCCCUCAAACAAUGACACAUCUGAAGAAUCAACCUAUUAAUGGGUGCCGAGAAAGUGCCAUACAUUCACAUUGUAAGAAUAAACUCCUUCCACUGUGGAUAUCAUUGCUUGUUCAGUCUACUAAUUAUUAACAAUGACUAAUUAACAACAAUGCCACAUUGUUGUUAGUGGCAGAGAAAUAACAGCUAAACUUUUGUCAUUUGUUCUCUAAUAAAGUGGGACUAUAUUUUGUGUUUUAGGUCAAGUGACACUAAUUUAGGUCAGUUUUUAGGAUGAAAAAUAGUUGCAAAUGUUCGUAAAGAUGAAAGAUACAUAGCCCAUUGAAUUUCUUUUUCCUCCUUUUAGAAAUAUUUUUUCAAUGUAGUUGCAGAUUUUCGCUGUUUGUAGAGUGUCUUUUUAGAUCAGGGUAAACCAUAUUUAUUGAAUGGUCAGUCAUGUUUAAUAUGAUCCAUAUUUUUUCAUCCUAAGAGAGUGUUUUGUGUAUGAAAGUGCCUUGCCAUUUUCACUAAAACACGUCCAUUGAGCUGCUGAGCUAACGAGUCAUCAUUUCAAAAGACCUUCUGAGUGGCUUCAAGUGCUACCGAAAUGUACCUAGCUUUCUGUCCUUUUUCAGGAUUUUAGUUCAAUAUAUUUGUAAAGUGAUUCAGAUUUGUUGUGCACAACCCAGAGCACCUCUGUACAGUGUUUAAAGAUAAGCAUGGUAUUGAUGACAUUUUGUGAUUGUGUGGUGUAAUACAGCUAUUGUUACGACUUACCCAUGGAACGGUUUUCAUUUAAACCUCUGCUCUGUGUCACAAUACAUCACAACACUCGGCAGAUGAUCUUUAUGGAAAGUUGGCUUUAAUUUAAUGUGCUGAUACAGUGGCAAGAAAAAGUAUGUGAACCCUUUGGAAUUAGCUGGUUUUCUGUAUUAAUUGGUCAUAAAAUGUGAUCUCUUCAUCAAAGUCACAAGUAUAGACGAACAAAGUGUGCUUAAGCUAACAAAACACAAUUAUAAUCUUUCAUGUCUUUAAUGAACACAUUCCAUUAAACAUUCAUGUAAAAAGUGAGUGAACCCUGGGAUUUAAUAACUGGUCGAUCCUCCUUUGGCAGCAGUAACCUCAACCAAGUGUUUCCAGUAGCUGCGAAUUAGACCUGCACAACAUUCAGAAGGAAUUUUGGACCAUUUUUCCAUACAGAACUGCUUCAGCUAAGCCAUAUUAUUAGGAUGUCUGGUGUGAACCGCUCUCUUGAGGUCAUUUCACAGCAUCUCUAUUGGGUUAGAGGAAUGUUCCGGGUUCAAUACAAGUUAAGGUCAGUCGGCAGCAUUUGUGGCAUAAUGUUGAUAAGCAUAAAAAAUUAAUUUGACUUGUUCCUUCUUUUCUUUAAAAAAGCAAACAUCGAGGUUCCAGUGAGGCACUUACAAUGGAAGUGAAUGGGGGCCAAUUUUAUAACUUUAAAAUACUCACUUUUUCAAAAGUAUAGUCACAAGACAUAAAGAAUAUGUGUAAAAUGAUUUUAGUGUGAUGAAAUCUCACAAACCUUUUCUGUGUAAAGCUAUAGACAAUUUUACAACUUCGUUACCAUGACAAUGUAAUGUCAACAAACACUAAAAUAACUGUAAAAAUUAAAUUUAAACUACUUUACACACGUUUUAACAGAAUUAACACAAGUGCUUUUACAAGAUUAUAAGCUUAAAAUUUCUGUUUAAACCCUCCAAAAAUUGGCCACUUUCACUUUCAUUGUCCCCAUUCACUUCCAUUGUAAGUGCCUCACAGUAACCCAGCUUUUUGCUUUUUUUUUUUUUUUUUUUUUAAGAAAAGGAGGAACGAGUCGAAAUGAAUUUGUGGUAAUCAACAUUAUAUCACAAAUGCUGUUGAUUUAGCUUAACUUGUAUUGAACCUGGAACAUUCCUUUAAGGUCUGUUUUUUUAUUUUAUUUUAUUUAAAAAAAAUUUGCCAUUCUGUAGUGGAUUUACUUCGAUGUUUAGGGUCAUUGUCCUGCUGCAUCAACCGAGCUUCAGCUGGCGCACAGCCACCAUGACAUUAUCCUGUAGGAUAUCUUGAUAAAGUUUGGAAUUUAUUUUUUCCUCGAUGGCAAAUGCUCCAGGCCCCAAAGCAGCCCCAAAUUAUGAUGCUCCCUGCACCAUAACUAACCGUUGGGAUGAAGUUUUCAUGUUGGUAUGCAGUGCCCUUUUAUACGUAUUGCUGCCUGUUCUUCCCAAACAAUUCAACCUAAGUUUCAUCAGUCCAAAAACAUUUUCCCAAAUGCGUUGUGGAGUGUCAAUGUUUUUGUUGGAAAGCAGUGGCUUCUUUCAUGGUGUCCUGCUAUGGACAUCAUGCCUGUUUAAUGUUUUCCAUAUAGUAGACUCAAACAGAGAUGUUAACCAGUUCCAAUGAUUCUUUCAAGUCUUUUGAUGUCACUCUAGGUUUUUUUUUUUUUUUUUUUUUUUUUUUUACCUCAUUGAUCAUUCUGCGGUGUGCCCUUUGAGUAAUCUUGGCUGGACAGCCACUUUUAGGAAGAGUAGCCACAGUACUAAAUCCUCUCCAUUUAAAGACAAUUUGUCUAACUGUGGACAGAUUAAAAUCUAAGCUCUUCAAGAUAACUUUGUAACCCUUUCCAGCUUAAUGCUGGAAGAUCCCUGAAUCUGAGAUCUCUUUUUUGUGAGGCAUGGUCCACGUCAGCAGAUGCUUCUUGUGAAUAGCAAACUCAAAUUUUUUUAGUGCUUUCUAUAAGUCGAAUUAGCUCUAACCCACAGCUCCAAUCUUGUUUCAUUAAUUGGAUGCCAGGUUUGCCAACUCCUGACUCUAAUUAGCUUUUGUUGACAUCAUUAGCCUAGGGGUUUUCAUACUUUUUACCAACCUACACUGUUAAUGUUUGAAUUAUGUAUUUGGUAUGUACAAGAACAAUACAAUAAUUUGUGUGUUAUUAGUUAAAACAGAUUGUGUUUGUUCAUUAUUGUAACUUAGAUGAAGAUCAAACCAGAUUUUAAGGCAUUUAUACGUAAAUGCAGUUAAUACCAAAGGGUUAACAUGCUUUUUCUUGCCACUGUAUUGUUUAAAUGAAAGAAUUUAUUUGUACAGUUUAUUUUGGCUGUCACAUUGCACUAGUUUGUUACUGUGGUUUUUCAUGGAUUGUUUGAAAUGUUGAUUUGUCCUUUAACACCAUAUUCAAUGUAUGUUCUGUGUAUGUUUUCCAUUUUUGUAAUAAAAGCAUAUUUAUAUGUUG